AUGGCGAUUGAGGGGGAAGAUGAUCAGAGGGCGAAGCCCUUUCUACCGCCCGGCGAUGACGAGGAGGGGAAAAGCUCCAGGGGGCUGAUGGCGAGAGUGUGGGAGGAGGAGAAGGAGCUCUGGGUCGUGGCUGGACCGGCCAUCUUCACGAGGUUCUCCACAUUCGGCGUUUCCAUCAUCAGCCAGGCCUUCAUGGGCCACAUUGGCUCUACCGAGCUCGCGGCCUACGCCCUCGUCUUCACCGUCGUCGUCCGCUUCGCCAACGGUAUCCUGGUGAUCCCCUUUCCUGGCCAAAUCUUCCUCCUCCCCGCCUCUGAAACGAUGGUGUUCCUCGUCGCGUUGAGGAAUUCGGGGGAAUUACGCCGGCGACGUCGUCGUCCUUUCGACGAUUUUCAUGGGUUAACGGUCGCCCACUUCUCUUCCGCAGCUGGGCAUGGCGAGCGCGCUGGAAACGCUCUGCGGGCAGUCGUUCGGCGCGGGGCAGAAUCACAUGCUGGGCAUCUACCUGCAGAGGUCAUGGCUUGUGCUGCUGCCGUUUACGGCGGCGCUUCUCCCGCUCUUCCUCUUCACGACGCCCGUCCUGCGGCUUCUGGGCCAAGACGAGUCGGUGGCUCUCAUGGCGGGGAAGAUCUCGGUCUGGUCCAUACCGGCGGUCUUCUCCUACAGCCUUUCCUUCACUCUCCAGAUGUACCUCCAGGCCCAGAGCAAAAACCGGGUCAUCACGUACUACGCCGCGCUGUCCCUCUCCCUACACGUCCUGCUCUCGUGGUUCCUGACGGCGAUGCUCGGCAUGGGGGUCGCCGGCGUGAUGGGCUCGACGAUCAUCGCCCUCUGGAUUCCUGUCGUCGGCCAGCUGGUGUUCGUGGUGUGCGGAGGGUGCCCUGAAACAUGGAACGGACUCUCCUGCGAAGCCUUCAAGGACCUGUGGGGCGUCGUCAAGCUCUCCUUCUCAUCCGGUAUCAUGCUGUGGUAACAGCUCUCAUCUCUUUCUUGCUCUCUCUCUCUCUCUCUCUCUCUCCAUAUUUCUUGCUUUCAAAGUGCAAUCUCAGCACAAGCCACCGAUAACGAGAUUAAUUUUCCACAGUUUGGAGAUCUGGUACAACACCAUCUUGGUCUUGUUAACGGGCCACAUGGAUGACGCCGAGAUCUCCAUGACGCCCUCUCCAUCUGGCAUGCCCCUCAUCGUGAUAGAGGAAUAAAUAGACCGAAUUUAAUAUCUAUUUCUUAUUUAUUUCUCUUUUUCUCUCUAUAUUUAAUUCCCGUGAGAUCGAUGCCGUGUUCAUUCAUCAGAAGUAAAUGCGCUCCUGUUCCGAGUGGGGACAAUUCAGAACCACGGAGAGCCGAAAUCUGUCUUCAUCUUAAAUCUCGUACUCAUUUUCUACCGUCUUUAUUUUCUACUCGAAUAAUUCUUAUAAUAAGCCUAUUUCGAGGACUCUUUUUCCAACGUUCCUAACUCGGAUCUCAUUGCAUACAUGAUUAUUUUUAGAUUAUCAUGUUGCCGACUCAGAAAAUUCACCAUUUGAUAACCUUUUCUUUCAUCGGUGAUAACAGUCUGUGAGCUUCUGACCCAAAACCUUGGUUUUAGUGUCUCCAAGGAGAAUAUUUUAAUAUGCAUAUAUCCGUACCCCUUGUUACGGUUAUUGAGUCUCAUGCCCCUCUUACUUUACCCAUCUCAUCUAUCCUGCGUAAAUCUCCCAGUUUCACCUAAGUAAAAUCACGAACAUUGUUGUGAUGAUAUAUCCCCCCCUCCCCCCCUAAUAAAUUAAUUGUCAAGUAUUUCACCGCUCCUACCUACUUAUUGUAUCAAUCGAUGAGUUGCAUUCCCUGGUGGAGUAGGCAGAUCAUAAAACUACUUGCCGGCCUAGAAUUUCGAAUGCGGAAACUUAGCAUCUAAUACAAAAUCUAACAUUGAGAACGUGUUUCAAUAGCUGUCUUCAUUGAAAAGAGUUUUCUCUAUCCCUCGGUAGAUUUCUGCUUAGUCCCUUGAAACAGCAAACAAAAAUAUUGAACCUUGGUUAAGAAAAAAUGAAUUAACCCAAAUAAAUUUCGGAAACCUUUUUGAAAACUUAAUCCUAAAUGUAAGUUCAUAUAGUCUGCUAGAUUUCUUUGUGGCCUGACAAAAACACUAGUUAAGAUGUUCCAUGAAGACAAGAACCAAAGACCCCAACCAUAGGACUAAAUUUAAUGGAAACUAUGGAUUAUAUAUAAUUCACGGGUGAGGUGUCAUGGCAUGCCAAGUCACUAGGUAAUAAUAUUGAAAAACAGGGAGUAGAUUUUUUAAAUACAUAUUCUCAUGCUAUGAAAUUGUUUUCUAAAAGUGUUCGUAUCGCCUAUGGAUGCAUAUAUAAUCCUGAAAUCCAUAAAAAAUGUCGCAAAAACUGCACCAAAGAGGUGGCUAAUUAGUUAAGAAAAAAUGGCUAGAAAUCUCUACAGGACCCACUUGUACAGCGUGCUCAUGUUCGAACAUCUUCGCUAUGCUUGGGUUACUUAACUGUGUUUUCAAUAAAAUUACAGAAAUAUUUUCGCAAACACGAUUCACUCCGUCUCUUCUUGCAGCCUCAACAUUAACGGCUGGGAGAUGAUGAUAGCCUUGGGGUUCCUCGCAGCAAUAGGGUAUCUUCUCCUCCACAACGAUGAAUCAGGAUUCCCUGAACCAGGUUGAUUACCCGCCUCACAUAACCGUCUCCGUCCUCCCUCUCGCAGCGUACGAGUGGCCAACGAGUUAGGAGCUGGGAACGCGGACAAGGCCAAGUUCUCCAUCCUCAUCUGCGUCGCCACCUCAUCCGCCAUUGGAUUCACACUCUUCCUGAUAUUCCUCUUCCUCCGCGGCCGCAUCUCCUACAUUUUCUCAACCAGCUCCCUCGUCGCCGGAGCCGUCGCCAAUCUGUCUCCUCUCCUGGCCUUCUCCAUUCUCUUGAACAGCGUCCAGCCGGUCCUCUCCGGUGAUCUCCGAGACCUUCUCACCAACAUCUUAAAGACGAGCGUGUUCAGCUCACUGCUCGUCCUGUACCGUCGUUGCAGGAGUUGCCAUUGGUGCAGGAUGGCAGAGCACGGUCGCCUACGUCAACAUCGCCUGCUACUAUCUCGUUGGGAUCCCUCUCGGAGUCGUUCUCGCUUACGUGAUUGGUUUAGGCGUCAAGGUUUGACCGUCUCCGCAUCCACUGACCUAGAUUUCUGACCUUUUACAGGCUGCUCUGACUUGUUGACCACAGGGUGUCUGGUUAGGAAUGAUACUCGGAAUAGCUGUUCAAACUCUCGUUCUCACGUACAUUACCUGUAGAACAGAUUGGGAUCACCAGGUAAUCUCAAAAAUUGGAAAAUAUUUAUUUUUCCCUGAGAUUUUCAAUGGGUCAGUGCAGCCUGCAAUGCAGCGCCAUUAAUUUUCUCAAUUAAGGGCAUUUUUUUUUCUAGAAUUAUCUCUGGCCCUCGGAUGAAUCCCGUCUCCCGUUUAUGUUGAUGCUUGUGCGUUCUUUAAUCCUGGCAGGUCUUUGCUGCUCGAUCGCGGUUAAAGAGGUGGUUAGUGUCGAAACCAGACAAUGAAGAUCCACCAAAUGAGGCCUGA